UGUUAAAUCAGCUGUUGAUGCGGAGGCGUUCUACAAUUGCUUAUUGCAAGUGAAAACAAUUGGCAAGUUGUUGAUAGUUGGAAGGACUUUUUCCGUCACCAGUGCCCCGCCAGACAUUCCCAGCCAUGUUGUCUAUCGGCGCCUUGGCCAACAUUAAGCACACGCUGCAGAAAGAAGUUUUCCUGGCCACCGGUGAACGCCUCCUUUCUGUGGUGACGGUGGUCAAGAAGAAGGACAAGAAGCCUUGCUACCUGUGUGUGGUCACCACGGCCCCACCAGUGCCCGUAGUCACUCUUUGUCUGAUUAAACAGUCGGAGCAGCGCGAAAGCGAGUAUAAGCGCAAGCGGAGCUGGCAGCUGGAUGAGAUUAAGUGGGUAGAUGGGCGGAACGAACAGUUCGAGACACACGAGUUUGAUCUGCAGCUCGAGAAGUUGUACAAGUGGUAUGCUCUCAAUGCACACGAGCGGCAGAAUUUCCUUGCAGUGCUUAAUCGUCAGAUCCAGAAGAGUGUGCGUGGCCAGAGGGCGGAGUUUAGGAAUGUGCCCGCUGCCUGGCUGUCAGAGAAAUCUCCAGAAAAGGUGGCUCUAGGCAGAGUGAUCCCGAAAACGCAACACACCGACGACGAAGAGGACGAGGAGGAGGAGGCCCAGGAGUUUACCGCUUUGACAGACAAGGAGGCCAAUGAACUGGGCAAACUCUUCUCUGAGUGCGACUUCGCCAUCAAGGAUGCCGAGCAGUUCAUUGAGCAGUUGUCGCGGGAGCUGCACGAUCUGGAUGGGGCGAAUAUGCAAAGUGUUCUGGCCUCGGAGCAGAAGGUUCUGAAAAUGAUGGAGCACAUAGACAACGCCAUCUCCGAGGCUGACAAGUUUGAGAAUCGUCUUGACAGCUAUGACGAUAUUUUGGGGCAUGUCAAGGAGACCAUGGAGAAGAUAGGCGGCAAGAAUGCCAUGAUCGAAAUCGCCAACAAUAACAAUAUUAAGCUGAUGAAAGAACUUAACAAAGUUAUUAGCCAACUGGACUUGCCGCACAGCCAACAGCAGGCUCUGGAUGAACCCGAUCUAAAGACCGCCAAUGGACGCAAAGCGGCCAUAGCAGCUGCUCAAUGCCUGCAGCAGGCCAUGAACAGCGACAUAGAUCCUGCCUUGCUUCGUUUGGAGGCAGUACAGGAUCAGCGCAAGCGCUUUGAAAAGUGGAAACAAAAGUUUUCAGCCACCGUUAGCCGGUUUAUGAAUAACCUAUUCAUUCAUCUGGGCAACGAAAUAGGUGACAGUCCGGUGACCAGCACCGAAUUGACGCUACCCAAUCAUUCCAACGUACAUCGAGAACUGACGCCUUAUACGGAACUGAUGCACUGGACAAAAGCCAUGGAUCGGAAGACUUACGACGGUCUGAUGCGGGUCUACACGGCUUCACUGAGCAAGAUCUAUGACAGGGAUGUGAGGAACUUUUUUAAUUUGGCUAAAAUUCAGGUGGCAGAGAAGCUUCGAAAUUCCCGGGAAGAUCUGGACAUGUCCACGUCUUCUAGGAAGUCGGCAGUAUCCACAAUACCUUAUGGCACUUUGGGAAUCAAUAGGGAUCAGUGGGGACCGGGUGUUGAGAGUGCCGAUCGAAUUCGUUUCGAUGCCCUGCUGGAAAAGGUUUUAGCUGAGCUGGAACCCAUUGCCCUGCAGGAACAACUAUUCUGCAUUAACUUUUUCCAAAUGGACGUUAUCAGUCCAACGACGAAGAACACGCAGACCACGUUAGAGAUGGAGAAGGCGGUGGACAUUUCACAGUCUGUCUUAGCGGGAGCGGUCUCGCCAUCAAGUGACGGUGUACCUCAGAAACGAAUUGAUCGUCAAAUUAAUGAGGAUGUGCGAAAACUGAUGAUGGGACUGUUCGGUUGCCUCGAACCGGAGCUAGUUAGCUUCAUUCAGAGCUUUGAGCGUGUGGACAGCUUCUACUCUCUUUACGUCUUUGUGCGACUCACCCAGCACGUCAUGUCCGCUCAGGACACACAUUCCUUUCUCAGCAUGACCUUUGCCUCCGCCUUGGUUCAGGUGAAGCGCAGUUUUGACCGCUUUAUGCAGAACCAGUUGCAGUCUAUCCGGGAAGCCAAGUUACACAAGCGCUCAAAGGCCAUUCUGCCGUAUGUCGAGAACUUCGAGAACUUUGCUCAAACGGCGGAAGGAAUCUUCCGUAAGUCAGAUCGCCGUACGGAUAUGGAGAAAUGGUACUUGCAAUUGGUUAAUGCCAUCUUUGAGGGUAUUCAUCUCCAUUCGCAAGAGCAUCCAAAGACACCUGUGCAGGUGGUGCGCAUGGAGAACUACCACCACAUGUACGCCUUGCUAGCCCAGCUUAAGGUUCCUGGUCUGGAUGCUUUAAAAAAAGAAGCCAAGAAGUGUUACAACGAUGCGCUAAAAGCUUAUGUGACUCAAUACUUCGGACGGCCUUUGGAGAAACUGAAUCAAUUCUUCGAAGGCGUGCAGCAAAAAGUGGCACAGGGAGUCAAAGAGACAGAGAUCAGCUACCAGAUGGCCUUCUCCAAACAGGAGCUUCGCAAGGUUAUUGCCCAGUAUCCGGCGCGAGAAGUAAAGAAAGGCUUGGAGAACCUCUACAAAAAAGUCGAAAAGCAUUUAAGUGAGGAGGAAAAUCUGCUGCAGGUGGUGUGGCACGCCAUGCAGGAGGAGUUCAUUGCCCAGUACAACUAUCUGGAGGAGCGCAUCCAGAAGUGCUACGCCGGCGCCAUGAUUAACUUGGAGUUCAACAUUCAGGACAUACUCGCCUUCUUCUCGGACAUAGCGCGCUCUCACUGAUCAAGGGAUUGGUAUCUUGAAAUCAGGGAACGUGUAAACCGGGUUUUAUUUUUAAGUGCAAUAGUAUUUAAAGCGCUGUUUCUGCUGAUUGGAAAAUAUAUGGCGCGUAUAUUUAAACAGA